AUGGCUGAGUGUCUGGAGGACCAUCUUCAAUGUCCCACCUGUCUGGAGAUCUUCGAAGAUCCUGUCAUUCUUCCGUGCAGUCACAACUUCUGCCGUGCGUGCCUGCAGCGGUGGAAGGACGCAGGAGAACGAUCGUGUCCAGUCUGUCGAAAAGGGUUUAGUUUGAGGGAUCCGCCUUCCAACUUGGCACUGAGGAAUAUGUGUGAGAACCUUUCACGAGCCUCAGUCAAGUCAGAGGAUAUGUGCAGCUUGCACGAAGAGGAACUCAAACUCUUCUUUUUGGACCACCGGGAGCUUGUGUGCAUCAUCUGCAGUGAUGCAGAAAUCCACGUUGGCCACACAUUCUGGCCCCUGGAAGAAGUUGUGAAAGGUCAUCAUGAGGAACUCCAGAAAGAACUGCAGAAGGCCAAGGAAAGACUCAAAGAUUACAACGACUGUCAAGAGAACUGCAAAGAACAGGCAGAGUACAUCAAAGUCCAGAGGGAGAAAGUCGAACGCAAGAUAAAGAACAAUUUUGAGGAGCUCCGCCGCUUCCUCGACGUCGAGGAGGAGGCCAGGUUGGCUGCGGUCAGGGAGGAAGAGAAGGAGAAGAGUCAAACGAUGAAGAAGAAGAUGGUGGCUCUCGGCGGACAAAUGGCCGCUCUCUCGGAGGUCAUCAGAAGCACUGAGGAGCAGCUGGUGUCUGGCAAUGUUGCUUUCAUGAAAAAGUUCAAGACUGCGAUGAGCGGAAUCCAGGAGCUGCCUGAAAAGCCACAGCUGCUGCCAGGAGGUCUGCUGGAUGAAGCCAAACACGUGGGCAACCUCAAGUUCAAGGUGUGGGAGCUGAUGAAGGAGAGGCUUGCCUACAGUCCAGUCAUUCUGGACCCCAACACGGCCCAUCCAGAACUCCUUCUGUCUGAAGAUCUGAGCAGUCUGAGUUGUGAAGGUGUACUGCAGGAGCGUCCAAAGAAUCCAGAGAGGUUCCAGACGCGGCGGUCUGUGCUGGGUGCUGCUUUGGACUCGGGAAGACACGUGUGGGAAGUUGAAGUGGGAGAUAACGAUGUCUGGUAUGUGGGGAUCAUGGACGGGGAUCUUUGUUUGCCAGAGAAAAUGAUUGGUUGGUUUAUUGGAUUUUGUGAUGGUGAAUACCGAAAGCCCGGUUGCGAUUAUGGAGAAUGGAAUCCGCCUGUCAAAGUGCAGAGGAUCCGAGUUGAAGUGGACAUAAAUGAAAGGGUGGUGUCCUUCUCUGAACCUCUUACAAACACUGAAUUGUGGAAUGUUAAGGAGCCUUCUGAUUGGCCAGACUUGUCGGGUAACAUCAAAAUGUAUCCUUACUUUCGUUCAGCACAUAGAAGUCCUCUAAAGAUAAUCCCCGUUCCACCUGCUCUGGUACUUGAGCGAGGACUCGCCCCCCCGGCGAUGUUUUCAACGAAGACUGAGGAAGAGGAGAAGGCCAAGAUGCUGCACAACCUCUACGAGGCUCAGGAGAAAGGGAAGGAACUGCGGCGGCUGGAAGGAAGGAGGACCCUUACACUCAAGAGGGCUGAUCUGGGCGACUUCAUCACCCGGAGGUCGCAGAACCUGUUCCACUGCCUGAAGCUGCCUCUCCCAGCUACAGUCGCGGAUCUGCGGGAAGUUCCAGUUGUCGUGUCGGAGCUGAAGUCGGUGAAUGAUGUUGCCGAGCGAGCGGUGAAGCUGGCGACCGACUUCAACCAGUGCCUGACGAACGACGAAGACGAGCGGCAGCUCAUCUUUCAGGUCGUCGAACAUCACUGCCGCCAAUGCCCCACCGCUGACAAGGCCAGCUUCCAGAAGACAAUCGGUCUGGGAGAGAGGCGAUCAUUAGUCAGAAGAGUGCGAGACCGACACGUUAACCACUGCCAGUCCAAACAACUGCAGCUCGACAUUCCGAACUUGUGCGCCGAGCCAAUCGCCGUCUUCUCUAAAACAAUGGCUGGAUGUCUGGAGGACCAUCUUCAAUGUCCCACCUGUCUGCAAAUCUUCAAAGAUCCUGUCAUUCUUCCGUGCAGUCACAACUUCUGCCGUGCGUGUCUGCAGCAGUGGAAGGACAAAGGAGAACAAUCGUGUCCAAUCUGUCGGACAGAGUUUAGUUCGAUGGAUCCGCCUCCGAACUUGGCACUGAGGAAUAUGUGUGAGAACCUUUCAUGUGCCUCGCUCAAAUCCGAAGAAAUCUGCAGCUUGCAUGAGGAGAAACUUCAACUCUUCUGUUUGGACCACCAGGAGCUUGUGUGCCAUAUCUGCAGAGACGCAGAAAUCCACGUUGGUCACAAGUUCCGGCCCCUUGAAGAAGUUGUGAAAGGUCAUCAUGAGGAACUCCAGAAAGGCCUGCAGAAGGCCAAGGAAAGACUCAAAGAUUACAACGAUUGUCAAGAGAACUGCAACGAACAGGCAGAGUACAUCAAAGUCCAGAGGGAGAAGGUCGAACGCAAGAUUAAGAAGGAUUUUGAGGAGCUCCGUCGCUUCCUCAACGUCGAGGAGGAGGCCAGGUUGGCUGCGGUCAGGGAGGAAGAGAAGAAGAAGAGUCACACAAUGAAGGAGAAGAUGGCGGCUCUCGACAGACAAAUGGCCGCUCUCUCGAAUCUCAUCAGAAGCACUGAGGAGCAGCUGGCGUCUGGCAAUGUUUCUUUCAUGAAGAAGUUCAAGACUGCCAUGAGCAGAAUCCAGGAGCUGCCUGAAAAGCCGCAGUUGCUGCCAGGAGGUCUGCUGGACGAAGCCAAACACGUGGGCAACCUCAAAUUUAAGGUGUGGGAGCGGAUGAAGGAUACACUCGCCUACAGUCCCGUCAUUCUGGACCCCAACACGGCCAAUCCAAGGAUCAGUCUGUCUGAAGAUCUGAACAGUCUGAGUUGGGAAGACGUAGAGCAGGAGCGUCCAAAGAAUCCAGAGAGGUGCAAGUCGCAGCGUGUGCUGGUUGGUGCUUUGGACUCGGGAAGACACGUGUGGGAUGUGGAGGUGGUAGACAACAUUGAAUGGCAAGUGGGGAUUAUUUGGGGGGACCCAUGUUUGCCAGAUGAAAUGAUUGGUUGGUUCAUUUGGUUUCGUGAUGGGGUAUACAAAAAGCCCUAUUGCGAUGAUGGAGAAUGGAAUCCGCCUGUCAAAGUGCAGAGGAUCAGAGUUGAAGUGGACAUAAAUGAAAGGGUGGUGUCCUUCUCUGAACCUCUUACAAACACCGAAUUGUGGAACACUAAGAAGCCUUCCAAUUGGCCAGACUUGUCCGGUAACACCAAAAUGUAUCCUUACUUUUACACAAGCAGUAAAAUUCCUCUAAAAAUAAUCCCCAUUCCACCUGGUGUUACGACAGCCAUCAGUUAG